AGCCCAGUCUGAGGAAGCGAAAGCAGCGCAGGAAAAAGCUACAAAGCCACAACCGCAUGAAAAGGCGGAACCUGUGACGUUCUUGCCUUUUAUUGGCCACACAUCCAGGAAGCUGGGUCACGGAGACUUCCUUUAACCUGACCUAGGGGGCGGUGUUGUACGUCGUAGUCUGUAGGCGGGGUUACGCAUGCGCAUAUCGUCUACUCUUGUCCAAUCGGAUGGAAGCAAGCGAAAGCGCGCUUCUUGGAGCCAGCUGGUUAUGGCCCGCCUCUGUACUAUGGACCAAUCGACUUCAGUUUCCUCCAUAAUUUUACCCAAUCAGAACCGGAGGGCGGAGUUCCAGUCGGCCGUGAGCGGAGCGUGCUUUUUCUCCAGCUCCAGUGUGGGUUUUGCUGCUGAGAGUUUUAUAGCCGUGGAUGUUUCUACUGACAUGGAGAAGAUUGAGGACCAGUUUGCUAACCUGCAUAUUGUUAGACGAUCCUUGGAACCAAAAGAGCCCACCUACCUGCUUGGCAUAGACACAUCAAAGACUGUACAAGCAGAAAAAGGAGGCUUGGUUGCGGUUUUGUGUUCAAAUGGGUCCAUAAGAAUAUAUGAUAAAGAGACACUUAAUCUGCUACGAGAAUUUAGUGGCUCUCCUGGGCUUCUUAAUGGAGUCAGAUUUGCGAAUUCCUGUGACAAUGUCUAUUCUGCAAGCACAGAUGGCACUGUAAAAUGUUGGGAUGCUCGGUUAGCUAGUGAAAAGCCUGCGCAGUUGUUCAAGGGUUACCCUUCCAAUAUUUUUAUCAGUUUUGAUGUCAACUGCAAAGAUCAUGUCAUCUGUGCUGGUGCAGAAAAAGUUGAUGAUGACGCAUUGUUGGUAUUUUGGGAUGCAAGGUUCACAUCGCCGGAUUUGUCUACUAGAGACCCACUUGGUGCCUAUUCAGAGACACACAGUGAUGACAUCACUCAAGUGCGCUUCCAUCCCAGCAAUCCCAACACGGUUGUCUCAGGGUCAGCUGACGGGCUGGUAAAUGUGUUUGAUCUCAGUGUUGAUAAUGAAGAGGAUGCAUUGGUUGCCACCUGUAACUCCGUGUCAUCAGUGAGCUGUAUCGGUUGGUGUGGAAAAGACUGUAAGCAAAUUUACUGCAUGACACACGAUGAAGGGUUUUGUUGGUGGGAUCUUAAUCAUCUGGAUACAGAUGAACCAAUUACACGUUUGAACAUCCAGGAUGUGAGAGAAGUAACUGAUGUAAAAGAAGGUCAUUUGGACUAUCUGAUUGGUGGCCUGUAUCACGAGAAGAUGGACAGAUUGUUUGUCGUUGGAGGAACCAACACCGGAAAGCUUCACUUACUGAGCUGCACCGAGGCAGGACUGACCCACGUGACCAGCCUUCAUGGGGGCCACGCAGCCACCAUCCGUUCUUUCUGUUGGAACGUGUCCGAGGAUUCUCUGCUGACCGGAGGAGAAGAUGCACAGCUACUGCUUUGGAGACCUGGAGCAAUGGAGAAGACCUUCACAAAGAAAGACAGCCUGAAAAUUGCAUCCUCUGUGCAGCAGCGAGUUCGGGUCCACAGCAGCGAGUCUUACAAGAGAAGGAAACAGCAGUGACGUCAUGCUGGGAAUGUGAAACGCUCUUCCCGUUUUAAAUCAUUUUUUGCUGCCGACAGCAAAUCUUUCUAAAGCUCAUCUGUAAAAGCAGGCCGUUAGCAAGCCCUGCCCCAGACAGAUACUGAGAAUGGUUUAGUUCAGGUUCGGACAUAUUCUGCAAUAUUUUUUUAAAGCUCUCAGUUGUAUAUACAAACCAGUGACCUGACAGGGAAAUUACACGCCGCAUUUUGAAACCCGUCUGUUGAGUUAGUAAAUGUGAGGUUUGAAGACAUGGCUCUGAAGGGGACUCUUCAGUAGAUAGCUUCGGAGGCAAGGGAAGGGUGGUUUGGGCCAUGGGUUUUAAACCCAGCUUCUUAGGCUUGAAAUGGCACACGUGUUUAUACAGCAUCAGACUGUUUGGCCAUCUGAAGACCUUACUGCAUCACCUCAGGUCCUUGAAAUGGAAGUGUUUGAGUGAGUCUGAGUAGAAGUUUAGUUUUUUAGGAAUGAAGUCUAAUAUUUUCUUUAAAUGAGAAAAAUAUAUUUGGUAAUUACUUGUGUCUGUACUUUAUUUUUUUUUUUUAAUUAAUCGGGAGCAUCUGUAAUCUAAUACACUAUAUUUACACUUGGUUAGCCAGCACCCAGGUACUUUGAGAAAACAAGAAAUUACCUUACUAGAUUAAUUUUGAGACUUAACGUAAGACAGGCAAAAGAAAAUACAACGGGGCUAGUUUGUUUCAAAAUAACCUUUCAAAAAUAUUAUAUGAUUAAAUAUUCUUUCUUAUUUCAUCCAUCAUUUUACACUUGAAGCCUAUGGUGUGCGUGCGUGCAUGCAUGUGCAUGCACACGAAUGUGUCAGUUUUCUCUUUCUCCCCUGUGGGUCCCAGGGAUCACAGUCCUUAGGCUUUACAGCAGCCUCUACCUACUGGGCCAUCAUGGGGGCAGGGUAGCAUUUACUGCUAAUUUUGUCAUUUUUCUUAAAAAAAAUCUUUUGUAAAGUGCCUUAAUAAAAGAAGUUAACACUUUU